CUCUGCCGACCUCUGUAGGUACCUAGAGCGCCUGUCUUUCGGACUCAGAUGCGCCUCCCACUACCGCUCCCCACCUUCCGCCUUUCGUCAACUCUACAAGUCACCUUCUGCACAACAUCGCGUGCUUCUUUUCCCGCGCUCUUCACAAGCCCAACUCUUGAAGUUCUACAGCCACACGCGUGCGAUCUCUCACACUAUCGCGAAUACGCCCUGCAGCGCAAAGUAGGUGGACACCAACCCGUCAGCAUUCCAUCCAUGCUUCGACCUCUAUCAAUCCACUUCCGUUGACCCCUCCAAGGUCCAAACGACCCACGACAGUCUUGUGCCGUUGCUGACUUUCACCUUGUCAGCGAUAGUCACGAAAUGUCUGGCGAACACGAGAACGGAAGCCCGUCUGCUGGCGGUCAAGAUGCCCCGCCCGCCGUCGAGCACCUGAACAUCAAGGUUACCGACAACAACAAUGAGGUCUUCUUCAAGAUCAAGCGCUCUACCAAGCUGGACAAGCUUAUGACGGCCUUCUGCGAGAGACAAGGCAAGGCUAUGAACUCUGUCCGAUUCCUCUUCGAGGGUCAGCGUGUUCAACCCACGGAUACCCCAGACACGCUCGAGAUGGCAGAUGGAGACACUCUCGAGGUGCACCAGGAGCAGGUCGGCGGUUCCUUGUAGUCAAAUGGAGGCAAGAAUAACGGGAAAAUACAUGGUGGGAGUAGUCGAAGGAGCGAUGGAUUUCUUGCUUCUUGAGAAGGCCUCGGCUGUCGCAAAUGGCGUACAUGGAUGCAACGGAUUCUCCUAAUAGGGCCAUAUGAAGACAGUCAAUGACGAUUAUGACUUUUACCACA